GAGAGUGUGUGUGUGUGAGAAAAAAGAACAGAGAGAGCAAAAGAGAGACAGAGAGAGAGUGUGAGAGAGAGGGAGAAUUGUCACCCAGGGCAGAGGCAAUGUCCUGUUAUCCUGUGCGGGGGCUCCCACUCCUCCCAGGCAAUACUUUCCGGGACCCCACGAAGUCUAACUUCCAUCGAUCACAGACUUUCAUCUACAAGAAUGGCAUUGCUCUCCCUGUUGUGCCCAAGGUCGGGAUUGGUGGGGAACCAAUCCAUGUGAAUCAGCUGUCUCUAUCUGAUGUGGAUGAAUUGGCUAAUAAAAGACCAACAUUAACGUAUGGCCAGGCCAAACAGGCCCCACCAGCAGAUUUCAUUCCUGGGCAUGUGGCUUUUGAUAAGAAGGUGUUGAAAUUUGACGGAUAUUUCAAGGAAACAGUUCAUGAAUCCCCACAUGAAUAUUAUCGGGUUCGACCGAUCAUCCUGUACUAUUACCUGGAGGAUGACAGUAUUUCCAUUCAUGAGCCAGAAGUGGAUAACUCUGGACUAACUCAGGGCAAACUGAUCAACAGACAGCGACUCCCCAAAAAUGACCAAGGAGAUUGUUGGCAUUGGAAGGACCUCAAUGUCGCCAUAGAGGUGGUGGCAUAUGGAAAGCGAUACCGCCUCACUGGCUGUGACAAAUUUACAUGUGAUUUCAUGGUGAGCCAUGGCAUUAUCCCAAAUUGUCCAGAGAUGAUCCCACCAGAUCCCUACAUCGAGAGUCGCAAAAGAAACCCUGCUCGGGAGCAUGUCACUCCCUCAGACUUUGAUAAACUCAAACAGUUCCUAACCUAUGACCGGAAGGUUUUGAGAUUUUAUGCGUACUGGAAUGACACAGACAAUAUGUUUGGUGAGUGCAGACGGUACAUUAUCCAUUAUUACCUGGCUGAUGGGACUGUGGAAAUCCGUGACGUUUAUGAAAAGAAUGACGGACGAGAUCCUUUUCCAAUGAUGGUGGGUCGGAGGCGUUACCCCAAAACAUUGAAAGAUGAGGCAGCAAAUUUUCCCACAAUCUCAAUGGAGGUGGCUGACCAGGAGGUGAAGGAAUGGUAUGGUCCUCGGGAUUUCAUUGUUGGUCAACCUGUCACUCUUCUCGGACGUGAAUUCUUCAUCUAUGACUGUGAUGAGUUCACCAAGAAUUACUUUUAUCAGAACAUUAGGGGGGUGGAACUUCAUCCUGUUGAUGUCAUCAAGAAACCUGCACCACCAGAGAAAAAGUGGGUUCCUCCAUACAAUGGAUUUGGUUCAGUGGAGGAUUCGCUGGGGAACUGUUUGUCAUUCAUCCCCAAACCACCAAAAAAGGAUGUCCUCAAAAUGCUGGAAAUGGACAAGAUCAUCCUGCGAUAUGAGGCUAAGAUGGAGUCCAGGAAUCCUGAUGACUGGAAUCGGCGUUUUAUCCUCAGCUUCCAUGUGGCCACUGAUGAGAUCAGCAUCUUUGAACCUCCACUCCGCAACUCUGGGAGAAUAGGAGGGAGAAUAUUGUCAAAGAUACGGAUUCCCAAACCAGGAAGCAAUGUGGAAAAGCCAGAAUUUUAUACAGCCAAGGAUCUGGCCAUCUGCUCAAUUGUCGAAGUACUCGGUUGCCGCUUCAUCAUCACCGACGCUGAUGAAUAUGUUUACAAAUACCUGCAAGCAAAUGCUGCAGAAUUUCCAAGUGAGGUUCUCAACUCAUUCCAGCAGAAAGCUCAGGAAAGGAAGGCACAAAUGGUCCAGGAGUCUCUGGAGACUCAACAGAAGGAGAUGGAUCAGAAAGCUCGCUCUGUGUCAUUUGGUGAUCCGGUACUUGCUCCUGCCGAGAUCAGCAGUGAGGACUAUGUAAUGAUACCAUCAGAAUGCAGACAGUUCCUUGACCCUAGUCCAUCAAAAGCACAGUUCCAGGAGGAUAUCCAGACACAUCAAUACAAGAGAGAUAUCUGCCCACCACUGAACCAGGGAGAUAUCCGCCCACCACAGAUCCAGGGAGAUAUCUGCCCACCACAGAUCCAGGGAGAUAUCUGCCCACCUCAAUAUCAAGCAGAUAUCUAUAUGCCACAGAACCAAGGCGAUGCUUGCCCACCACAGAAUCAGGGAGAUAUCCGCACACCUCAAUACCAGACAGAUAUCCGCAUACCACAGAACCAGGGAGAUAUCCACAUACCUCAAUACCAGACAGAUAUCUGUGCACCUCAACACCAAGGAGGUAUCUGCCCAUCACAAUCCAAGGCAGAUAUCCACACACCUCAGUGUGUUCCCAAUGGACUUCAAGAUCAAAGUACAUAUAAGAAUUAUAACUGUUGAUGUUGAAAAGGGGAACAAUGAUCUUUGUAAUUGGGAACAUAAUGCAAACUGAAUAAAAUAAUAUUUGAAACAUUU